UACCCUGUGACGUAAGUUAACAGGUGUGGUAUGAAAGCAAACAUGUAACCCUAUUUGUUUAGUCAGUUUACAUGUGGCGUAAAGUCGCAAGCAACUUUUGAAAUUGUUUAGUGCAAAUUAAAAGCCUAUUUUUUUGUAAUUUUUUGCGUGUGUUAUUAGUUAUUACAUCUGUGCCAGAGUGUUCUAUUAUCUAUAUAAGUAUUGUUUCAUUGUUGUACUUUAAAAUGAGAAGACAACAAUUUUCUAACCCUACGAAUGUAAGAAACGCCAAAACAACAGGACAGAAUAUUCCUUCAGUGUCUGAUGCUAAAUUAAAUCAAGCUAGAAAGAGCGGGACAUUGAACUUGUCCAAUAACCAAUGGGACGUGCUACCAAGUAAUGUGUGGUCACUGAAUAAAGCACCCACAAAAGAAGCUGCAUCUUUUGAUGAUGGGAACUCUGCGUGGUGGGACCAGGUUGAACUUACUAAACUAAACUUAUCUUCAAAUCUACUUUGUAGUCUACCGGAAGAUUUACAAAGUUUCGAGUUUUUGAAAUUUUUAGAUGUCCAUGAUAAUAAACUACAAGCACUCCCCAAUGCUAUUGGUAACCUUUCUGCGUUAGAGCAUUUGAAUCUUAGCCAUAACCAGCUAUCUAUCAUUCAAACCUCUUUCAAUGGCCUUGUGAAUCUAAGAGUUUUGCUUCUCCAGCACAAUCGACUAAGAGAGCUCCCUUCAUCUCUUGGUCGAUUACAAAACUGCGAGAAAUUAGACAUCUCUCAUAAUCAAAUAACCACUUUACCUGAGGACAUCUGUGGUAUUAAAUUCCUAAAGGAUUUCAAUGCUUCCUUUAAUCAAUUAAAUGCAUUGCCCAAUAACAUUGGGAAGUUGCAAUCAUUAAGGAUACUGGAUGCCAGUAAUAAUAAGAUCAAGUGCCUGCCCGAUUCUAUCAGUACCUUAAAACAGCUUGAAAUACUUUCUUUUCGGAAUAAUUUACUUGACCAGCUUCCCUCUUUAACUUCAUGUGUUUGCUUGAAAGAACUUAGCCUUGGAAACAACCGUCUCACUUGCUUCCCAAGUCAACUCCCAGUGUCUGUUACUAUUUUGGAGUUAAGGGACAACAAGCUUUCUGAAAUCCCCUUAUCUGUAACUGAGUUGACGCAAUUAGAAAGGUUUGAUAUUGCUAACAACAAUGUACCAAAUCUGCCACCAGAAGUCGGCGCAAUGGAAAGCAUUAAAGUUGUGGUUGUAAGUGGAAACCCAAUACGUACAAUUAGUAGCCAUAUUUUAAACAAAGGAACCCAAGCGUUGCUAAAACAUCUUCGUUCACGCAUUGUGUCAAAUGAAACAGAAUCACUGAAUGCAAGCACUGGUAGUGUAAUACCACAAUCAAACAGCAAUAACGAUCUAUCUAACAAACACUUGGUUGCAUCUUCUCGUAAGUUAGACCUAACCAAGGAAAACCCUGAAUCUGUUACCACAAAGCUAGCAUUGUAUUCAGAAUUACCAGUCAAUGAAGUAAUAUUGGCUCGCUGUUCUUUAACCAACAUACCAGAAGAGUUAUCAGGCUACAAAGGUUCUCUUUCUACUUUGAAUAUGUCCAACAAUAAGUUAAAAUGUCUUCCACCAAUGAUAGGAUGCUUCUCUCAACUUGGACAUCUAGAUCUAAGUGGAAAUGCAAUGUCUGCUUUACCAGAUGAGCUCGGAGAGUGCAUCAGCUUAAGAGAGAUCAAUAUGUCGUAUAAUUUGUUCACUGUUCUGCCUGGGUCAAUUUUCAAACUAAAAAAUCUAGAAGUUUUAGUUGCUGAUAACAAUCAAAUGACAAAAAUUGAUGUUCCAAAUUUAAAGCUGCUUCAACAACUUUCUACACUGUCAUUGCAAAACAACAGCAUUAAUGAAGUUCCACCCGAACUUGGCUUAUUUACAUCUAUUACUGCUCUUAAGUUGGAAGGCAAUCUGUUCAGAGUUCCGCGACAAAAUGUGCUACAAAAAGGAACACUUGCACUUAUGGAAUAUCUGAGAUCGCGCUUACCAAGCGCAUAGAUUGGCAUGGUAUUGUAAAUUUGUAAUUCAAUUUUUUAUUAUCUUUAAUGGGCUAGUUUAAAACAGUGGUUCUCAAACUGUAUGUAGCAAAGCCUUGGUGCCUUUUUUUAUUUUCCAAAGGCAUCACAUAGUCUUGUUGUUUUUGUUCCAGCGAAUAGUUCAAAAUUAAUUGCAGCACAAAAAGUUGUGCUUUGUUACCCUGUGGUGCUUUAUUUUCAGUUUUUGCGUCAAAAAAAAUUAUUAAUAAUCAUCAUUGAUAAAAAAUUUUAUGGAACACUGGUUUAAAAUGUUAAUGAACCGCUUAUAAAAUCUACAUUCAGUUGAUUUCAGCACUCCUAUUUUGUUGCAUUCUGUAGUCCUUUAGUGCUGUUUUUUUUUAGAUUAAGUAAUAUAAAAGCAUAAUAAAAUAUGCAGAGAAACACUUUAAAUAACGGUGAAAUACAUUUUAAUGUUUAAUAACGAUAAAUAAAUACUAAAAACUUACAGUAACUGAUUAAGUACCAAUUGACACAUUUUUUGUAAACGUGAUGAAUUCUGAUUAAUUAUUUCUUGCAG